UAAUUUUUCUAAAAAAAAAAUUCAAAUAUUUUCCCAUUUUAUUUCUCAAAUUUAUUCAUUUUCUUCUGCUGCUAUUAGUUCCUUUCGUCUUCCUCUCACUGCUCCAUAUCCAGUUGAAUUGAGAAAAAUCUUCUCCGGCGACAUGUUUCCGAACGUAUUGACUCAGGUAGCCACCGGCUUGAGCGUCUUGGCCGGCGCCGUCUUAGUCAAAUCCGUCAUGGAUCAAAAACCCAUGGCCGGCCCGUUUCCGAGAUGCCCGACUUGCAACGGCACGGGUCGCAUCGCGUGCACUUGUUCCCGUUGGUCCGAUAGAGAUGUCGGCUGUCGGACUUGCGCCGGGUCGGGUCGAAUGGCUUGCAGCAGCUGCGGUGGGUCCGGUUCCGGUCGUCCCCUUCCGGUCCAGAUUUCCGUUCGUCAACCGACGAACCGUGGCUUCUAAGUUACCUGGUAUUGACUCUUGCCUAUAAACUCUUAUAUUUUUGGAAAUUUAGUUAUGUAAUAUAAUAGCGGUGAAAAGAUCAUAGAGUUCGGUGAAUUGUAAUCUUUACAACUGUGUUGUGAAUUCUACGUUAAGAAUUUGAAGAAUUUUGUUGUAAAAGAUUAACAAUUCUGGGGUUGAAAUUUCUAUGAAUAUAUGAAAUUCCGAGUUAACUCUUUC